AUGGCUAUCGCAGAAGUAUUGUCUUUCGUCAACGGCAGGGUUGUCGAAUAUCCCCUGCAGUCAUUACUUAUAGUCACUUUCACCGUCCCGUUCUUUUACAUUUUUAUCAAUGAAUUCGUUCGGGCUUCGGCUCGCAUCCCUGGCUUUAGGGGCCCCCGUGGGUUGCCUCUUAUCGGUAACCUCGCCCAAAUCCGGGAAAACGCAGCGGAGCAAUAUCGUAUCUGGUCAAAGACAUACGGACCCGUCUAUCAGAUUCAACUCGGAAAUAUCCCCGUCAUAGUGAUUAAUUCUGCUGCGUCCGCGAAGGUCCUCUUUGGGCAUAAUGCACAAGCAUUAAGUUCCAGACCAGAAUUCUAUACGUUCCACAAAAUUGUUUCGAACACAGCUGGUACAACUAUUGGUACCUCUCCCUACAGCGAGUCGUUAAAGAGACGCAGAAAGGGCGCAGCGUCAGCCCUUAACCGGCCUUCGGUUGAUUCAUAUGUAUCUCAUCUUGAUGUUGAGUCUAAAGCAUUUGUGGCCGAGCUUUAUAAGUAUGGAAAUGGUGGGAAAACACCAGUCGACCCCAUGGCAAUGAUUCAGCGACUCAGCUUAAGUCUUGCCCUCACUCUUAAUUGGGGGGUGCGAGUUGCGUCCCAGGAGGAGGAGCUUUUUGACGAAAUCACUGAGGUUGAAGAGGAGAUUAGCAGAUUUAGAAGCACCACGGGUAAUCUACAGGAUUACAUACCCCUUCUACGUCUAAACCCCUUCAGCACAAACUCCCACAAGGCGAAAGAAAUGCGAAACCGGCGUGACAAGUAUCUUGGUUCGCUCAACCGUGACCUAGACGAUCGGAUGGAGAAGGGUAUUCACAAACCUUGCAUUCAGGCCAACGUUAUUUCUGACAAGGAAGCCAAGUUAAACUCAGAGGAGCUUACUUCCAUUAGUUUGACCAUGUUAUCUGGCGGCCUAGACACUGUCACCACCCUUGUUGCCUGGAGUGUUUCUCUCCUGGCUCAGCGCCCCGAUAUCCAGGACAAGGCUACAAAGGCAAUCAAAGAAUUUUACAGUGAGGAUCAGCCCCUAUGUGACUCCGCGGACGACCAAAAAUGCGCCUAUAUUGUGGCGCUGGUCAGAGAAUGCCUCAGAUACUAUACUGUCCUUCGUCUUGCACUGCCGCGAACAUCAAUCAGAGAUAUUACCUAUGAGGGGAAGGUGAUCCCCAAGGGUACCGUCUUCUUUCUCAACUCCUGGGCCUGUAACAUGGAUCCUGAAGUCUGGAGUGAUCCGGAUGAAUUCAGACCUGAACGCUGGUUCGAGCAACCCGACGCGCCAAUGUUUACAUACGGUAUGGGCUACCGCAUGUGUGCUGGUUCACUUCUCGCCAAUCGUGAGCUGUAUCUUGUCUUCAUACGGACCCUGAGCAGCUUCCGCAUUGAACCAACCAGCGAGAGGGUAGAAUGGCAUCCUGUGAAGGGGAACUCCGACCCGUCGAGUUUGGUGGCGAUUCCGAAAAAGUACAAGGUGAAUUUUGUUCCAAAAAAUGAGGCAGUACUUGUCAAAGCCUUGGCUUGA